GUUCACAAUAUCCCCAUCGGCCCAAGUUCGAUACACAUUUCUUGUACAUGUGAAGCUCCAACAAUUGAACUUCUUGAUUUCAUACCUCGACUUGCUCUAGUAUUGUUGAGUAACGAGUCACUUUUACAAAAUCACCUGCAACAGUGCUCCUGUGAAUCAUUUUAUUUCUUUCGCUGAGCAAGUGCGGAUGGUCAGUGUCAAAAUGUGCGUCAAAGGUCUUGUGAUUUUUGCCAUUCUCGUUAUUGUCGUUACAGAAUCCAAGGCGCAGAAACACAAAUGUGAUAUUCCACCAACAGCCCCUAAAAAAAUUGAAGAUGUUAUCAACCAGUGUCAGGAUGAAAUAAAACUAGCUAUUUUAUCUGAGGCCCUGGAAGCGCUUAGUUUGCACGAAAAAAGCAGAUCCAAGCGUGACACGUUUUCCGACGAUGAGAAACGCAUUGCUGGGUGUCUCCUACAGUGCGUCUAUCGCAAAAUGAAAGCGGUCAACGAAAAAGGUUUUCCUACUGUCGAAGGCCUUGUUUCUUUAUACACCGAAGGAGUAAGUCAGAAGGAAUACAUCAUUGCCACGCUACAAUCUGUCAAUGUUUGUUUGGUCAAAGCACAGAAAAAAUUCGUGAAAUCGCCUCAAUCUUUAGAAGAACAAGGAAAAACUUGCGAUAUUGCUUAUGACGUAUUCGAUUGUGUUGCGGAGAAAAUUGGAGAAUAUUGCGGCCAAUCGCCCUGAAGUCAUGGUCAAAAAAUCAGACCAUAAUUGCGACACACACUUGUGAAAACACCACACUAGUCAACGAAAUCUUGCAUCCACUUGUCAUACUUUUCGUUUUUAAUUAUAUUUUUGUACAUAAAACACAGCACUAUUGUGUUAAUAAAUACAACUUUUAACUUA